UACAGUACCACGUGAUGACAGAACAGUAAUGUUACUACGUGAUACAGCAGAUGACACUGCAUUAGGACUCAUUAUGAUUAAUGUGCAUCACGGUGACAGUCGACUCAUUGUGAAAUUAUAAUCAUAUAUGAUAUGUAAGUAUUGCCGCUAGAUCUGAGAAUCUGAGGGCCAACUAAUUGGACUAAAGCAGACGAGUAUCGGUCAGCCGGCUGUAACCUCUCCCUGCUGUCAGUGUCACCUAUGGAGAAUGGAGAUAUCAACACAUUCGUCUUGUGAACAAUAAUUAAGGUUUACUCCGAUAUUUGUGGUCACUGAUCUACAGAAUCUAGUAUUUUGAAACCAAGAUGCCGACACCCAAGGAAAUUGCUUUCGGAGCGUUGGCUGGGACGGCAACAACCGCACUGGUGGCAUGGAGGAUGCUGGUCCCAUAUUUAGCGGACGACAUCGCGACAAUAAGAAGGGCAAGACAAGUCCCAAAACUGACAGCGGAGACAAUGUUGUCUGGAAAAUUUCUAGUGGAUAUAUUUGAAGACCACGUGGCCAGGAACCCCAAGAAAACCUUCAUUAUCCACGAGGAAAAAAUGUACAGCUACGAGAUCGUGAACGACAUGGCUAACAGAGUCGCAAACCUGGCCUUGACCUGGAACCUUGCUCCCAAUGCCACUGUAGCCACGAUGAUCUAUAAUGAAGCCGCUUUCGUGUGGACCUUAUUAGGCCUGUUGAAAGCCGGUCUGUCUGACGCCAUCAUCAACUAUCAUCUCACAGCGAAACCAUUGUUGUACUCUCUUAAUGUUAGCGACGCCAAAGUCAUCAUCAUUGGAGCCGGUGAUGAACUGUUGGAGUCGUUUAUGGAGAUCAGAGAGGGGCUGCCAGCCGUAGCUGUAUACGUUCAGGGAAAGGCCCAGGGAUGUUUACCCCCAGACACACUUUCAUUUGACGACGCAAUCUUACGCACACUGCCAGUUAACCUUUGUAGAUCCGCCAGAUCACACGUGAAAUUGACUUCACCAAUGUGCUUUAUAUAUACAUCUGGAACAACAGGACUUCCAAAACCAGCCAUCAUCAAUCAUGCCAAAUCUAUUUGGACGUCAGCAAUCUACGCCAUGUUUGAUUUCAGCUCCAGUGACGUAGUAUAUGUUGUCACACCUCUGUACCACAGCGCCGCCACGUUACUCUGCCUCUUCAACGUGUUAAACCAAGGGGCUACAAUAGUGUUGCGAAAAACGUUUUCCGCCAGCCACUUCUUCGAGGAUUGUCGUCUUUACGACGUUACCGUCUUACAAUACAUAGGAGAGCUCCUCCGGUACAUUCUUUCACUACCAGAGACUCCUCUUGACUCCGUCCAUAAGAUCCGAGUUGCCUUCGGGAAUGGUCUAAGACCGGACAUCUGGACAGAGUUUCAGAAACGCUUCAACAUUCCUUGGAUCAUAGAAAUGUUUGGGGCUACGGAAGGCACUGGAGUAUUAGUGAAUACUACCCAAAAGGUCGGGGCCUGUGGGAGGCUGUCACCCUUGAUGCGAUUGGCAAGUAAAGAUCAGUUUAACGACAUCCAUAUAAUACGGUAUGACCCAAUUGAGGACAGCCCGAUCCGCGACAAAGCAGGUCACUGCAUCAAAAUCCAACCAGGUGAACAGGGCCUGAUUGUAACUCCAAUACCGGAAACAUACACUGGGUUCUAUAAGGGUGACAAAACACUGAGCGAGAAGAAAAUAAUAAGAAAUGUGUUCAAAGACGGUGACAAAUACUUCAACUUUGGAGAUCUUCUUUACAUGGACAAGGACUACUAUAUCUACUUCAGGGACCGUGUCGGGGACACUUUCAGGUGGAAAGGCGAAAAUGUAUCGACCCGAGAGGUUUGCGACGUCAUUAGCACUCUCGACUUCGUUCAAGACGUCAACGUGUACGGGGUACAAAUAACAGGUACGGAAGGAAGAGCUGGGAUGGCUGCUUUAUCUGUGAAAGACAAUAAAGACGUGACUCCUUCUAUGCUGCAGUCAUUGUACAGGCUAUGCCAGAAAGACUUACCUAAUUACGCCCGGCCAAUAUUCAUCCGAUUCCAGAAGACCUUUAUCGUGACGCAGACGAUGAAACACCGGAAACUCGAGCUGGUAGAAGAAGGGUUUGACGUUGACAGGAUCAAGGACCCAAUGUAUUACAUAGACAAUGAUAAAAAGACGUAUUCCCGUCUAACUCAGUCUUCAAAGGAAAGAAUAAUUAAUUCCAGACUGUAAUAUUCUAUUUUCAAUCUGUAUCUGAGAUUUAUAAAAUCUGAAAUCACUUUAUAAUCUUUUUUCCCACAUACAUGUAUACACCAAUGAAUUGUUGUAGGAAUGGGCCUACAGUUGAACUUUGGUCGUGAUUAUGUUUCUUAUCUUGUAUUCUCAGGAGAAACAUUAUAGAUAAUUUUAUUAUAUUCUUACCAGUGACAUAUCAGAAAUUAUCACUCAAUAAAAACUAUCAUCAC